AUGGAUCCCGCCUCUCAGGGUGCCGGCCCACAGCAGGGCAGACCACAGCAGCCCUCUUAUGAUACCCAGAAUGGAGGACAUUAUGGUAAUUCAAUUCCAACAUCACCCUACACCGUGAUCGAGAACUGCGCCGGGACCUGGGGCCAGUGCAGCGGUAAUGCCAUCCACCAUGACCAGAGCCUUCUUUCAGCGCAAGGUUAUGCACCAGUCGCCGAGCUCUACACCGGCACUUGGGCCAACGUAAACCAAGGCCUUCAAGGAACAGCUCGCGAUAUCCUGACGACCUAUUGGCAACAUGUGAUCUCCCAUCUGGAAAACGAGAGCCACGACUAUAAGGUUCAUCAGCUGCCACUGGCUCGCAUCAAGAAGGUGAUGAAAGCGGAUCCAGAGGUCAAAAUGAUCUCCGCGGAGGCGCCGAUCUUGUUUGCCAAGGGUUGCGACAUCUUCAUUACGGAAUUGACCAUGCGCGCCUGGAUCCACGCCGAAGACAACAAGCGCCGUACACUGCAGCGGUCUGAUAUUGCUGCGGCUCUUUCCAAGUCCGACAUGUUUGAUUUCCUUAUCGAUAUUGUCCCUCGUGAAGAAGCGACCUCGCAUGCCAAGCGAUCUAGCCAGGCUGGUACGGCACCCGGACCUUCAGCGGGUCAAUUGCCGCCGACACAGCAUGGCGUUCAGCCGCACCAACAUAUGGGGCCUGCGGAUUAUGGGUCCCUGGGCCAACAUGGUCUCCCGCAAGACCAGGAGUAUCGCCCACAGCCGGCGAUGUACCCUGGAGCAGUCCAGUCUGACCCAACCACGGCAUACGGGCAGCCCCAGUCUCAAAUGUUUGAGGGAAUGUAUGCGUACCCGCAUCUGCCUCCCCAGCAGUAA